AUGUCCCAGUGUCUGGCAGCUCCAGAUGACGUCCAAGCCGGCUGUCUGCCGCACAUUGAGCGGUUGACCUGCUACAACCAGAGCUCUACCGCGCCCGGUGGGCCGUCGCGUCUAAUCUGCGCCGCCCGAGACGGCACGGAGCCAGCAUUGGGGAUGUACUCGCUGCUCGUGACCGUGACGGCCAUCCUGGUGCCGACCUCGGUCGUCCUCAACCUCAUCAUCGUCGCUGUCGUCAUCGCCAACCGCAAGCUGCACACGGUGAUCAACGCGCUGGCCACGGUCCUCUGUGCCAACAACAUCGCGUGGACGGCGCUUCCCGUGCUGAUGGUGAUCAAUUUAGAUCUGUCCAUCCCCCUGCUGUGCUACCUAAGAGUAUUUUUCUUCAUCAUCACGCGAGGUGUCAGCUUCAUGACCAUCGUCAUCAUCACGCUUCUGAGGUACCUAAUGGUGGUGAAGAACCACAGCUAUCCGGCAAGCAGGAAAAAUGUCGCCGCCUUUGUGUCAGUCGCACUUCUGCCGAGCCUAGUCAACACGGGCGUCCGAGCCUCGACCUCGGUGGCUCCUGUGCCCCUCGGACGCCGCACAUCCCGCCCCCGCGGUCGGAUCGACAUCGUAGCAUCUGUGUCGAUGUCCGCCUUCAUCGCCAUCCUGUUCUGUUCGACGUUCUCAUACGGCACGAUCGACGUGCCUCAGACCUCACAGGAAGCUCUGAAGUUCGCUGCCAGAACGCGAGGCUACUGGGAUGUGGCUGAGCCCUGCCAGCCGCCCCUCUGUCUUUACGAAGACUGCCGGGGCACAUUUACCGGACAAGCGUUCAGAGGGAAGAACACUAGCACCGGGUUUAUUCCCGGAGAGAAAUGUGCUCAGACAUCUGAGAUCUCCGACUGGAAUCGGAAAUUAUACGGCGAUCACAACCUGUGUCUGAACGACCCAGACCGAGCGGCUUUGGGUGUCGACCGACCUUUCUGCUUCAUCAAGGAGAGCCUGGACAAAUACGUGAAGAGGUUCUGUAACUCGGCACCAAUGUGUACCCUGAAUCCGGCUCAUCACAUUAUGGCCACCAGCGAGGUGCGUAUCGUUCUCCACUCAGGAAUGCAGCACUACACGUAUUUCGGCGUACGCACGGUGACCCCGACCAUCCGCGACCUGGGAGCGCUCGUCUGCUUCUCGGAUAUGCAGUGGGACCCGCACUCCAACACCGUCUGCGUCUACAUCGGCAAUAAUUUCUUCCUCGGCAUCGUCGUCACGUUCUACAAGAAGCUGGACUCCUCAAAGGACAGUUUCCUGACGUCACUCCAGAAGGAGGGCACUUUUACGGAGGUGACGUCACGGAGUCUGGCCAAGGAGCAGGUAUCACCCCAGAUUGAGGGCAUCACCUUCAACUGGUACUGGGUCAAAUUCUGCUCCGAGUUCGUCUACAUCGGGCGGGGUCAGACCCAUACGCCCAUCAUGGUCGUGCCUUACACGGAAAAUGCCAUCACCGACGCCGGGCGCAUUAGAAACAACAAAAUGACUCCCGGCGAGUGGUACCGCUACAUCGGCGCCAUAGCCACCGGCGACCGUGAGCCGGUCACCGCGUCACGUGCACAGGUCAAGGACGAAGGCGAGCACCAAUCAGCGUCCAGCUACGGACGGCGGGUGUUCUCUCGGCUCAUGCUUCAGGGAAACCAGAAAACGGGGACGCUGUUCGCCUUCCACCAAGAGAGGCUGCGUGACUUGUGUCCCAUUGUGGAAAUUCAGCCGAACACGUACCCACCGGUGUCUUUUUCGCUAAACAGACAGCGAACACUCGAAGGUGGCGCCACAGAGGCCAUUUUUGAGUUCUCCAUUCGGUUCCUGAAGCGGCAGACGAACGUCAAGUCCGGAUUUGUGGUUCGCCUGGCUGAGAUGGCCAACGGAAAGGAGAAUGGAUUUCAGGUGUACGACGCCAUAUUCACCCACCGGCGGCGAGGGGACAUGGACGGGUUUCUGCCGUUGGCUAACCCUCCCCCGGGCGGAGAGUUCGCUCUGGCCGUGGUACAGCACCGCCCGGACAGAGACCCUGCCUAUGUGCGCGAGCGAGAUCGGCUCUCGAAACAGUAUAACGUCGAGAACGGGAUGUGGUUCAGCUUCGGCUCUGUGGUGUUUGUCAAUGAUACGGCCGAUGGACAGUGGCACACGAUACUGGUCAGGGUCAUCACAGAUCUUGGCGGCAAGAAACCGACGGCAAAACUGCAUGUGGAGACCCCUUACAAGGACGACUACCAGUGUCUGUUUGAGGGUUAUAUCGACGGCGCUGGAGUGGGCGACGUUCAGUACGGCUCCAUUUCGCUUCUGGAGGGUACCGAGAGCGGCGUUCAGGUGAUGCUCGACCUGGCGGGAGACAGGUGCGAGCCACCCACCGACGAGCAGCUUGAGCCGGUGGCCCGGGACGGCGGCUGGGGCAUGUGGUCCUCCUGGGACUGCAGCGCUCCGUGUGAUGGGGGGUUCGGCAGCCGACAGAGGCUCUGUAACAACCCGGAGGCCACCCUGUGGGGACACGACUGUCCAGGUUGGCACGUGCCUCGUGAAUUCGGGCUGUGCAACAACCACAAGUGCGGCACCUUCUCCGAUGACACGAGGCUGCGCAUGCUGUACAACUUGGCUAACGAUCCCAUCUCUCUUGAUCUGCACGAGGGCGAUAGAUUUGUGCUCAGGUGUCGGACGGACGCGUACCGCGCCGCCGAGGAGCAGUUCUCUCUGCUGGACACCCGCUGGCUACUGAACGGAGAGCCAUGGCGCGUGGACAGUAACCGCAUGGAGCGGCGAGAUCUGGAUGUGGUGGUCUGGAACGCUAGCUGGCGGGACACGGGUGUUUACAGCUGCGUGGUGCAGCCCUCACCAGACGUCACCGGACUGGUGGCGCUGGUGACGGUGGUGGUGCGCACGGAAAAUGUCACCAGGCACGUAAUGACCGGCGAUCGAGUGGAGUUUGACUGUAUGGGCGAGCUGCUGGACCAGAUUUACGACGACCUCAUCCACUUCUGGUACCUUGACGGAGAGCUCUACUCCUACAUGGGCUACAGGGUGUUUCCUGAUGAGAACCACACGGAUAUGGUGCUGCCAAAAACCGACCAGACAGAUCCUAUGGAGCCCCGCUAUAUUGCCGUCGAAGAAAUAAGGCUCCUGGAGGUCAAUGAAACGCUACUGAACACGAUGACAAUGCGCAUUGCCAGCGAAAAGCUGAGUGGGGAGUGGGAGUGUCGGGUGUACCAGCCCAAGUACAAACUACUCUGGAUCACCAGCUGGUUCAGAUUACAGGUGCUGCCAUUCGACGCGUACCGUCGUCUCACCAUGGGUCCGGUGGCUCAGAGCCUGGUGGGAGGGGUUCGAGGCACCGUCAUCUACAGCGUGCUGGGCACCAUCGCCGGACUGGCCGCACUGGCAGGUGGUAUGUACUGGAUCGUACGACGCCGGCAGCGGCGGAUUCAAGCGCAGUUGGUUCUGUUCAAGCAGUCGGGUUUGUGGUCUCAGAGCGGCGAAACUGCCACUCUACUGGCCGGAGACAGCGAGGCGGAGGAGGGAGAGGAGGAGGAGGAGGAAGAGGAGGGAGAGGAAGAGGCAGGAGCGGUGCUGGUGGAGGUUCCGGAGGAGACAGAGACCGAAUUGACUGCAGCGGAGACCACGGAUGAAGGAUGAAAGGGAGACAGAAGGCCAAAGAUAAUGAACAAUUAUGAAACUCUUUGUUUACAAUCGAUUGACUUGUACGCUGUGCAAUGUAUCGGUUCUUUCAAGGUUUGGACUUUUUGGUCCAGCCUGUUGAAGUUAAAUGUGUUCUGUGCAGAUAUGUGGUCUAGUGCGUCAAGUGGAUGUGCCUCAGGCCUGUACGAUUACCAGUUAAACACACGCAUUUGUAUUUUGUUGUGGAGGUAACUUACACUGACAAGAUUCAUUGGAUGUUGUCAUUAGAGACUAAGUAAAUAAAACAAGCACCCAUCGCC